AUGACAGAUUUCGCAUUGACAACUUUCAGUAGUAAAGGAAAACUAUUAUAAAUCGAAUAUGCUCUCAAUGCUGUGGCAAAGGGAGACACCGCCAUAGGAAUCAAAGCGAAAAAUGGUGUUGUUCUGGUGGUUGAAAAGAAGCAAUCAUCAAUUUUGGUUGAAGAAUCCAGUGUUCAAAAGGUUUCCCUAUUGACAGAUAAUAUUGCAGCCACCUAUGCAGGAUUGGGUCCAGAUUUUAGAGUGCUGUCAUAACAAGCAAGAAAAUUGGUGAAAAAGUAUGAUCUCAAAUACCAGGAGGAAAUAUUCGUACAAACAUUGAGCAGAGAAUUAGCAGAAGAUGUGUAAGUGGCAACCCAAAGAGGAGGUAUUAGACCAUUUGGAGUCUCCAUUCUCAUUGCAGGGUACGACGAGGAGGGUCCUCAUCUCGUUUAACUCGAUCCAAGUGGAGCCUAUUAUAGUUGGAAGGCCACUGCCAUUGGAAAGCAAGCCAAGAAUGCGAAGGCCUUUUUGGAGAAGAGAUACAAUGCAGAUAUGGAGAUUGAGGAUGCCAUAAACACAGCGUUGUUGACUUUGAAAGAGGGAUUUGAAGGAUAGAUCACCCCUACGAAUAUCGAAGUGGGAGUGAUAAGAGAUGACCAUGUGUUUAGAAUAUUGCCUCCAUCGUAGGUGAAGGAUUAUUUGGAAGAGUUAGAAUGA